AUGGAAACAAAAACAACAACAUCCCCCGGCCCCCGCGCCGCCUUCUUCUACGGCACCCUCAUGGCCCCCCAAGUCCUCCACCGCGUCUGCCACGGCUCCAUGUCCCCCUCGAAUCCAAUCUACACCCUCUCCUCCCUCACCACAACCCCAGCCCUGCUCCCCUCCCACCGCCGCCACCGCGUGAAAAACGCAGACUACCCGGCAAUCCUCCCCACCACCCCAUCCGACAACACCAACGCCUCCGUCCGCGGAACCUACGUCUCGGGCCUGACAGACUCCGAUAUCUGGCGGCUGGACAUCUUCGAAGGCGACGAGUAUACCCGGAAAAUUGUAAAAGUUAAACUUUUGAGUAAUGAUGACGAUGGUGAUCACGCGAGUGAGACGGGCGACGACGUGGUCGAAUGUGAGACGUAUAUCUGGACUUCAGACCCGGAACGAUUGGAGGCAAAGGAAUGGGAUUUUGCGGAAUUCCAGAGGGAAAAGAUGAGGUUUUGGGUCGGUGCGGAAGGUGAGGGGGAGUAUGCUGGUAGGCCUCCCAUUAUCGGUCGGUUGUGACUGAGUUUCUCCUGAAUAAGAGAGCUAAAUACUCCUCUGCAGAAGUCGAUGAAGCCGUUGCGGCUGCGAAACAAACGAACGAUGGCACAGGGGGCAGGGGCGCGAACGGUCACAUCACGAAUGCGCUGAAUGAAGAGCUGAAGCGAAACGCAGUCUGA